AUGACAGUCACAAUGGACCCCGACGCACCGUCGGUGCUCACGAGCGAGGUAUACAACGCCGCCGAGGCGAUCUUCAAUACACUGCAGAACAAAGAGAAGCUUGUGUCUUUCCUCGAUUGCACGACGCUUCUGCGUGGCAUGGGGAUGAACCCAACUCUGGAAGACAUGGAUAAGCUGAAGAGCCUCAUGGCACAGCCCAUCCUUCGACUGGAACAAUGGCGGCGAGAGGAGGAGCUGAAGCGCGAGAAGGAGCGGCGCAAGGAGGAGGCGCGAGAACGGAAAGGCAGAGGUCGCACCAGCGUCGCCCCGGGGAGGAAAUCGAUUGUGCAAAAGAUCGCUGACCCUGUGACUGAGACGGCGCCGGCUGACAACACAGUCGCUGAGGAGAUUAAGAAUAUCGACUGGAACAUCUUUAUUAGGUGCACAGAGAUGAUUUUCCGAGACCGCAUGCGCGAGGAGCGCGCCGUGCUAGAGGCACUGAGGGUCUUCGGAGGGGAUUCGUCCACCAGCAUGUCGCGUAGCAAGCUCAUUGAAAUUGUGACCACCAAGGGCGACAAUAUACUCACACCAGCGGAGGUAAAGAUAUUAGUCACGCUGCUGCCGGAGAGCUGUCCGGUGAAUGAGUGGGCGGGACGUAUUCAGGGUACCUACGUGGCCCCCACACAGGAGGAGAUCGACGCUGCUGCCAUGCGCGAAAUUGAAGCGCGCCGCCACCAGGAGGCGGCAGAGAAGCAGAAAGAGGCAGAGAAGGAUCCGCUGAAGGGAUUAUAA